UAUACAAUACUAAUAAGUAAUAUAUUAAAAAAAUAGUUUGAUACAAAAUAUGAAAAUUAUAUAUAAAUAAUAAAUAAAAGAGAACUUAUUUAAAUUCCUAUUUAAUUUUUUAUCCUUUGUAUAAGUUUUUCUAAUGAUAUUUUAAAAGAAACCAAUUUUUAUUUAUUUUUAUCAUUAAUGAUAAUCGUAUUAAUAAAAAUGAUUUAAUUUUUAAUUUAUUAAUAACCAUAAAAUAAAGACGAGACUUUAUUUUUAAUUACUUUUAUUUAAAUAUCUGCUUAUAGUUUUUAUUUUAUAAUUUUUGUUUUUCCUUUAGCUUUUCCAAUCUUAUUCUAUGAUUAUGAAAGAGGAUAUUCUUGUGUUAUCUUUUGGAUAAUUAUAUCCUUUUAAAGUGAUAAUGGUGCUCUUUUUUUAGGUUCAGCAUUAGGAAAAACCCCUUUUUGUCCAAGGAUUUCACCUAAAAAAACUUGGGAAGGUGUCUUUGGUGCUGUUAUAUUAAGUACUUUUACUAGUGUAUUAUUACAUUUUUUAUAACUUGAGUUUAUACCUAAAUCUGGUUUAUUAAUAAUGGUUUUAGUUGGGUUUUUCGGAGGAUGCUUUGCAGUAUUUGGAGAUUUAGUCGAAUCUUUUGUUAAAAGAACUGCAAAUAUUAAAGAUUCAGGGGGUCUUUUUCCUGGACAUGGCGGAAUUUUGGAUAGAAGAUUAUAAAUAAUUUUACUAUAUUAUUUUAAUAUAAUUUUAACUUGA